UGGCAGAGCACAGACCCGGAGCCAGGGCAGUGAGAAGCUGCCUGACCAACUCCGAACGAGAAAGUCCAGCGGGACGAUAGACCCCUGACUGUACCUGCUACAGACCCACUGGGCCCGGAGCACCCCACUGGGCCAGCGAGACGCUAGAAGGAUGGCCGAAACCCAGACGCAGGUGGCCCCCACACCAAUCAUCCCAAUGGCAACUACAGAGGACCUGUCCCUCCCUCCACCUUCAUCCUUGGAGAAUCUGCCACCACCGCCACCCAAAGAAUCCUUCUCCAAGUUCCACCAGCAGCGGCAAGCUAGCGAGCUCCGCCGCCUCUACAGGCACAUCCACCCAGAGCUCCGCAAGAACCUGGCUGAGGCUGUGGCCGAGGACCUGGCUGAGGUCCUGGGUUCCGAGGAGCCCACAGAGGGUGAUGUCCAGUGCAUGCGCUGGAUCUUUGAGAACUGGCAGCUGGAUGCCAUUGGUGACCGUGAGCAGCCAGCUGCCAAAAAGCCUGUCCUAGGCGGCGAUGUCCAGGCCACCUCCCGCAAGUUUGAGGAAGGCUCCUUUGCCAACAGCGUAGACCCCCAGCCAACAGGACCCCGGCCAGCUGGAGGUGAUGUUCGUGCUGCCCGCUGGCUGUUUGAGACAAAGCCACUGGAUGAGCUGACAGGACAAACAGAAGCAACUGAGGCUCCAACAAGGGAGCCUGCAGCCAGUGGAGAUGUGCAAGGAACCAGGUUGCUCUUUGAGACUAGGCCACUGGACCGCCUGGGCUCCCGCCCCUCCAUGCAGGAGCAGAGCCCCCUGGAACUGCGCUCAGAGAUCCAGGAGCUGAAAGGCGAUGUGAAGAAGACAGUGAAGCUGUUCCAAACUGAGCCCCUGUGUGCCAUCCAGGAUGCAGAGGGCGCCAUCCACGAGGUCAAGGCCGCCUGCCGGGAAGAGAUCCAAAGCAACGCGGUGAGGUCAGGGCGCUGGCUCUUUGAGACCCGCCCUCUGGAUGCAUUCAACCAGGACCCCAGUCAGGUGCGGGUGAUCCGGGGGAUCUCUUUGGAGGAGGGUGACCGGCCCGACGUCAGCGCCACACGUUGGAUCUUUGAGACCCAGCCCCUGGAUGCCAUCCGCGAGAUCCUGGUAGACGAGAAGGAUUUCCAGCCGUCCCCAGACCUUGUCCCUCCCGGACCAGAUGUUCAACAGCAGCGGCAUCUGUUUGAGACCCGAGCCCUGGACACUUUGAAGGGAGAGGAGGAGGCUGUGGCUGAGGCCCCGCCCAAGGAGGAGGUGGUCCCUGGCAACGUCCGCUCCACCCUGUGGCUGUUUGAGACCAAAUCUCUGGACACUCUCAGAGACCAAGUCCAAGUGGGUCACUUGCAGCGGUUGGGCCACCAGGAAGGUGAAGGGCUCACAUGUGACAGCUCAUCAGCUCUACCUAUCUCUCAGGGUGCUCCCCAGCGGGACGGGGUGAAGGGAGACGUGAAAACCUUCAAGAACCUUUUCGAGACCCUUCCCCUGGAUAGUAUCCAGCAGGGUGAGGCUUCGGCCUGUGGGAGUGUGGGCACAGCAGGAACCACUGUUUGCACUGGGCAGCCCCAGGUGGCAGGCUCCCCAGUGUACGCCAUGCAGGACAGCAAAGGCCAGCUCCACGCCCUGACCUCAGUCAGUAGAGAGCAGGUUGUGGGAGGUGAUGUGCAAGGCUACAGGUGGAUGUUUGAGACUCAGCCCCUAGACCGUCUGGGUCGAAGCCCCAGUACCAUUGAUGUGGUUCAGGGUAUCACUCGGCAGGAAGUGGUGGCUGGAGAUGUUGGCACUGCUCGAUGGCUCUUUGAGACCCAGCCCCUAGAGAUGAUCCACCAGCGGGAGCAGCAGGAACGACGAGAAGAAGGAAAGAGUCAAGAAGGCCCCCAGCCCGAGGCACCCUUAAAGGGUGAUGUGCAGACCAUCCGGUGGUUGUUUGAGACAUACCCGAUGAGCGAGCUAUCAGAGAAGCAAGGCUCAGAGGUCACAGAUCCCACAGUCAGGGCCCAGGCGCAGUCCUGCACCUGGAUGUUCAAGCCCCAGCCUCUGGACCCAGUGGAGGACUCCAGGGAGAAGCGCUUGCAGGUCAGCCAGGUACAGGCUGGGGAAAGACAGACUGACGGACAUGUCUUUGAGACUGAGCCUCUGCAGGCCAUGGCCCGGUCCUGUGGAAGAGGGCCUGUGCGAUACUGCAGCCGAGUGGAGAUUCCUUCAGGGCAGGUGUCUCGGCAGAAGGAGGUUUUCCAGGCGCUGGAGGCCAGCAAGAGAGAAGAACAAGAGCAGGGCUCCAGGAUAACCCCUGGGCCCAUCCCCGCCGGCUCUGUGCACAAGUUCACUUGGCUCUUUGAGAACUGCCCCAUUGGCUCCCUGGCAACUGAAAGCAUCCGAGGGGGUGACCUGCAGGACGAGCAGCCUGGGAAGCUCUCUAGCAAUGGGGUGCCAGAGAAGCAGGAGACUGCAGCAGAGGGGACACUUUGGACUCUGCAUGCCACACCUGGGAUCCUGCACCACGGGGGCAUCCUCAUGGAGGCUCGAGGGCCAGGGGAGCUCUGCCUCGCCAAGUAUGUGCUCCCAGGACCAGGGCAGGGGCAUCCCUAUGUACAGAAGGAGGAGCUGGUGUUUGGUGAGCUUCCCAGGAUUGUCCGCCAAGUUCUGCGCCGGCCAGAUGUGGACCAGCAGGGUCUGCUGGUGCAGGAGGACCCAACUGGCCACCUCUGGCUCCACCCACUGAAGCUGCCAGCUCCAAGCAACAAUGGGAGUAUUGAAGACAUGGAUCCCAAGCUCCAGCAGCUGCUGGCUUGCGGCCUUGGGACCUCCAUGGCAAGGACUGGGCUGGUGAUGCAGGAGACAGAACAGGGUCUAGUCGCCCUGACUGCCUACUCCCUACGGCCCUGGCUACCCAGCAGGGUCCCAGAAAGGGGCAGUGUGCAGCUGGUGGCCAGCUGCAUAGACAAAGGAGACCUGAGUGGCCUGCACAGUCUGCGCUGGGAGCCACCGACUGACCCAAGUCCAGGGCCAGCCACUGAGGGGACCCAGAAGCUUCUCCCAACUGAGAGCAUCAUCCAUGUUCCCCCACUGGAUCCCAGCUUGGGAGCAGGGCACCUGAGAGGCCCAGGAGCCACCUCCUGCCCACCUCAGGCCAUGGCAAAGGCAAUCCCUCUGGCUGGGCAGGCUGCAGCCCCAGCCCCUUUGCAGGAUACCAAAAAGCAAGAGAACAGCAGUCACACUGGGCAGAAAGGGUCAGCAGCCUUGGGAAAGUCAGAAGGAGCCAUGGCUGCCCCAGACUUCCAGGCAGCCUUGCAAAGUCUGCGAAUGGCAACUGCUGAAGCCCAAAGCCUGCACCAGCAAGUUCUGAACAAGCACAAGCAGGGCUCCGCCCCUGCAGCCACAGCUAUGUCCAUCCAGGAUGGCAUGCAAGCACCAGCUCCUGCCAUGGCAGCUACCCAGAGCAACAGCAGGCCUAUGGCUGAAGGUGACUCCAGGAUCCCAGCAGCCCCCAGAAAGGUCAGUGGGGAAGAGAAGGCACUACCCAGAGGGCUGCUCAGGGGGCGGGUGACAAUUCAGGAUGGCAUCUACACUGCUCACCCUGUGAGGACCUCUGAACCUCCCAAGUGUGUCCAGCCUUCUGGGAAGGACCCCCAGCCAAGGGGCAGGGAGACUGCUCACUCAGCCCAGGCUCCCAGCCCACUCCUGGGCGGCCCAGCUAAGAGUCCUGCACCACAGCAGGAGGAGCCUGGGGGCUGCACACAGAGGGCUUGGGGGCCUCAGGGGAAAAUGAUGGCCCAAGACUGCCCAGGGGACCUCCAAGCUGCAGAGACUACCCUGAAGACCACCCCUUUGGCCUACUACACACUGCCCUCUGGGGCCCAAGCUGCAGGUGCCAACCUGCAUUCCCAUAAUGCCUCUGUUCCUCCCCUUCCUGCUCUCCCAGCUGCUGUGACAGGACCUGACCUCCCAGCCCAAGGCCACCAUGAUGAGGACUCCAUCCAAAAGGCCUCCAAGCCCAGACAGGAACCUUUUCUUCAUACCCUUCACAGCAACCCUGCUGGCCAGAGAAAUCCUGGGGGAUCACAGACAGAGACCCCAAAACCAGAGCCCACUACGCCUCCAAGGAAGAAGCCUCCAGUGCCCCCCAAACCCGCAAACCUAAGUCAGCUCCACCCUCCUCAGAGGCCACCCAAGCCCUCAGUCCUGUCUCCCGGCUUCUCCUCAGAAGUGGGACAAGGAGAACACAAACCAGGUGAGAUACCAGCAGCCAGCCCUUGGCCAGCCGAGACUCCCACUGCAGGAGGCCAGGGCUGUGUGCCUCUCGCUGGAUGGGCCAGUGGACAGAGCCAGCCCAGACCCCAAAAUGACCUCUGCACGGUGGCCCCCAAGCCCGCCCAGGCUCAGGCUGCUGGCAGUAAUGCCCAGAGCCCUGAGCCCACCAAGCUCAGCACUCCGAACAGCAACUCCACCUUACCACAGUGGGGCCUCAGCUCACAGGGAGAGCAGCCCAUGCAAUGUUCCAAGCAGGGGGUCCCCAAGAGCCCCCAGAUUCUUCAGGGAAGCCAGCAAGAGCUCCAGGGCCUUCUGAGCCAGGUACAAGCCCUGGAGAAUGAGGCUGCAGGCAGUGUGGAUGUGCGAGCACUGCAGAGGCUCUUUGAGGCUGUGCCCCAGGUAGGAAGGGCUGCCCCUCUGUCUCCUGCUGCCCCCCGCAGGCCUGAGGCCUCAGUGGAGCAGGUUUUUGGGGAGCUGACACGGGUCAGUACAGAGGUUUCCCAGCUGAAGGAACAGACCCUGGCCAGGCUCCUUGACAUUGAAGAGGCUGUGCACAAAGCCCUCACCUCCAUGUCUGGCCUCCAGCCCGAGGCUAACAUCAGGAGCCAUUCCCAGGAACACCAACAGGUUCACAGCGCCCACAAGGUCACUGUCUCGACCCGCGGUAGAGCCAGACCCAGUUGCUCUGGCCAGGAGAUCAAAGAUCCAACAGCUGUCAAGUGCCCAGCCAAGGCUGGAUGCCAUACUGAAGACCAGGUUCAAGACAAGAUCAGAAAUGACACAGAGGUCAGAGGUCAGGCAGCCUCAACUACCCCUCCCACCAGGAGGCAGGAGACAUCAAGGGGAGACUCAGGUCUCCCUCAAGUCCUGCUUUCCAGUAGAGAGUCACCCUCUUCCCCAACUUUCAUCUCUAUCCAGUCGGGCACAAGGAAACUUCCAGAAGCUUCCAGCACUAAGGACAGCCCUGAAGUCUCAGUGAACAGCACACACCUAGCUCAGAAUGUCAGCCAGGCCCUGCCCCACCAGGAAAGUGUUCAGAACAAAGCUGGGAAAAAGGAGGUGGCCACCAAGGGCGCUGGGCAGCCCAAGCCUGCCCUUGCCUCAGCCGAGCUUCUGCCCACAGGGUGGCAAGAAAACACCCCAGAGCUGCAGACCAGGCUGCGUGGUUCCCAGUGCUGUGGAGUUGUGAGAACUGUGACUGAACAGUACGAGGAGGUGGACCAGUUUGGGAACACAGUCCUCAGUUCCUGCACCACAGUCAGAGAGCAGGCAGAGCCACCCAAGGGCCCAGGUCCCAACCUUGAGUUCCACACCACCUCUUUACUGAGGCCAUUCCUCCACAGGCCUGGCGGGCUCAGCAGCGGCCUAGCAGAAGCUGAGGCAGCAUGGGUGCCCUGCAGCCACUUCCAGCCAGCUGCCCAGUGAGUCCUCAUGGGGGUGCCUGCCUCAGGGCCCCCAGACCCUGGGUGCUUCCCUCCUUGCACGUCAAGGAAAGGACCAAGAAGAAAGGGCAUCUUCUGAGGACUGCUGAGGGCUCUUUCUGCACAGUUCUUGCAAAAGGGGUGAGAAAGACCAAGAAGCAGCACACUGAGUAGUGCUGGCCUGGUACAGAGGGGAUUCCUGGUUGCUUGUAGAACAUAUGGUAUAUACAGACACACAGGCCUGGCCCACGCCGACCCAUGCCUGCACACGUGUGAACCCACAGAGCUGCCUCCCUCCAGCCUCUGCCUAUAUUUCUUGUAUAAUAGAGCCUGAAUGCUGUCAGCCAUCCUCUCUGUCAGCCCUAGAGAAGGGCAGAGCCACUGGCCACAGCAUUGGUCUGUUCAGCAUGGGUCUGUUCCGGAUCGGUCUGUGUCCCACCACAUUUCACCCAAAACAGGGUCGUUGAAUAAACCCGAGUUUGAAUCUCUA